UGAUUUAGACCUGCGUGUGUCCAUGCCAGUACAGCGGCGCUUAAUGAGACCAAAGAGCCUGGUAGAGAAAAGGUGAGACACACCCCGGACGUUGUCCAACACUCAAAAUAUUCUAACACAGUUCAGGAUUUCUGGAGCUUGGUGCUGCGAACUUGAAGUUGCUGACGAGCAAGCUGUCUGAAGACAAGUUCACCGUGACAGUUCCUGGGAGAGACCAGUGGCACCCCCGUAAGAAGACUCUCAGCAGGUCAAGUAAGAGCGUCCAACGCUGAGACUGACAGUAUUUUCGGCUAACCGGAGCCACAGUUCGAGUGCCCUCCUGCAAAACCCUCAACAAGGCCUCCAGUUUACAAGCAUUACGUUGACAUUACUCAGAUCAGCCGCACGAAAUCUGAUUAAUAUUUGAAGAGUAGGACCAACAUGGCCAAAGUAGGACUGUUCUUCCUUCUGGCGGUGCUGGUACAAGUUGCUCCAUCGGUGAAGGGCACAGUUCAGCCGGCAUGUGGUGGGCCUGAACCCCUCUGCAACUGUCGUGGUACGAACAUCUACUGCUUCCAGAGAGGCCUGACAGAAGUACCCACUGACAUCCCAGCAAAUGUGACUUUUCUAAAACUCAACAGUAACAGGUUAAGUUACCUUCCACGCCAAGCCAUCGGCAACUUUAGUCAACUAACAGAAUUAGAUCUGUCCGACAAUAUCAUAUCCAAAAUCGAUUUGGGCGCUUUUGACGGUCUAGAGAAUCUUGGACGCCUCAAAAUAGAAAAUAACCGUCUAACGCUUUUACAAGACGAAUUCUUUCGUAACUUAAAGUCCUUAGAGUUACUAAGUCUUUUGGGGAACGGCCUUGUCACCAUUGGAGUUAAUCUCUUUAACGGAUUAACUAAUCUGAUGACGAUUGACUUAAAGAAUAAUCUCUUACGGGAUCUUCCUGUUGGAGUAUUUUCCCAAACCCCAUCACUGCGUUCAGUGCUCCUGGCUAAUAACGACAUUCGUUCAUUAGACAGCAUUCUACCCGCGACUCCAGACAACAUUACAGAAUUAGACUUGAGUGGAAAUACAAUCACGAGUUUCAAUCCCGACGUGUUUGCGAGUUUCGCAGAGCUCGAAAUUUUGAAUAUUGGUAGUAACGGAAUUCGUGAUUUGGAAGCUGGGGUUUUCAACGGGCUUGUUAACCUUCAAGAUCUUUAUCUAGAUGGAAACGAACUGUCCUCCCUUACUCCUGGACUUUUCAACGGUUUGGCAAAGUUAGCACGACUAUGGCUCGACAACAACAAGCUUGUUGGCCUGAGUAGAAGCAGUUUCGGUGACCACCCCUUGCUGACCUCUUUGUUCCUUUCGAAUAACACAAUUUCAACGGUGGACCCUGGAUUUUUCAGUGCCUUUCCAGCACUUACCAAUUUAUAUCUAUCGUCUAAUGAUAUUUCAUCUCUCCCUGAUGACGCGUUCUACGAUCUAACUGAAAUUCGUGUCUUAGAUCUUUCUAAGAAUAAACUAGAGACGCUUGAUGAAGAGGUUUUCAAGGACCUUAGGAAUGUUUUGGAAAUUAAGAUAGAAGACAACAAAUUGGCGAGUUUACCUUCUGGUAUUUUCAGAGGGUUACAAACACUGAAGAAGCUGGGUUUGAAGGGUAACUCUCUGUCCGCUUUACCCGGCCAUAUAUUCAAUGGUCUCAUUGAGCUAUCUUCGCUGGAUUUAUCAAACAAUAAACUCAAAAUCAUCCAAGAUGGAUUUUUCGACAACUUACCAGAGCUGAAAUCGCUUGCGCUGUAUGAUAUGGCGCUUGAGAAUGUCACUUGUGGCACAUUCCCGCUAAACGCGGAUGAAACCACGCUAGACUGUACCUGUAAACUCAAACCGCUGUACCUCUGUCACAACUUCAGAUCUAUCCUUCCCAGACUCGUCUGCCUGAAGCCGAUAAAUCUUUAUAAAAGGACACUAAACACAAUUUCUGAAGAUGUUCUGACAUGCGCCACGCCUCCGAGCGCGGCCAAUCACAGCCACGGAUUUGGGGCCGCUCUGGUCAUUUUUGUAAUGACGUUGAACCUCUUAGUGAAUUCUGUCCGUUUCUAAAAGUGAUAAAAAGACACACUAAAAACAGUUACUCAAGCAACUGGAUAUGAUUUUGGAAACGGUCAGACGUUUCAGACAACCAUCCGGCGGUUUUUUCGUCAAUGACGCUGGAGAAAUCUUGUUGGGGAGAGAUUUUAUAUAUCCUAGCUGUGAAUUGAUUUGCGAAAUGGAUCUAAAUUUAGUUGACAGUGAUAAAAAGACAUGCUGAAGGCUUGGGUGUGGUAUGGAUUAGAUGUAGAAUUUUCAGUCAAGUGACGACGUUAGAUGUCACAUCAGAGGUAUGCUGCAUUAACAAAUAGCUUAUGAUAGAAAACAGCUGUUGGGUUAGAAAGGCGUAAAUCAUUAUGUAUGUUUAAGUCAGCCUCAAAAGAAACCCAGAGGCUGUAUGGUUACAAGUUUUUGCUUGGAAAAGCUUCUAUUGAUUGAAAUGUAUAUCAGCAUUAUAUUAUUGUUAUGUAUUAUCAUCACUGAAAAGAUAUAUGGAUAUAU